AUGCCUAUAGGUACCUCUCCAUAUCAUUUGGUUUAUGGGAAAUCCUGCCAUUUACCUGUAGAGUUGGAACAUCAAGCUUAUUGGGCGGUGAAAAAUCUGAAUCUUGAUAUGAAGGUCGCAGGUGUGAAGAGAUUAUUGAAGCUUAUUGAACUUGAUGACUUCCGUCUCCAUGCUUAUGAGAAUGCCAAACUAGUUUUUAAACCAGGACAGCUUGUUUUGUUGUUCAAUGUGAGGUUGAAAUUAUUUUCGGGUAAGUUAUGGUCUAAUUGGUUUGGGCCUUUUGAGGUAAUGCGUAUGACAUCUCAUGGUGCGGUGGAACUGUGGAACAAGGAAAAUACUGAAAAGUUCUUGGUGAAUAGACAACGUGUGAAGUAUUAUUGGGCAGAUCAUGGAGAUAAGCACAAUGUCUCCAUCACUUUUGUGGAAGAGUGA